GGAAGAGCUCUGAUCUUCAGCCCAGCCCGGAGGAGGAGGAGGGCAAGGGUGGGCGUUCGGAGGAUGCGGCUCCCCCAGGUUUUCCCCCUCGGUGGGAGCUUGCGACAUGCCAGCAGCGGCUCCGCUCCUCCCGCACUCCUGCUCUGAGCGCUCCAGCGGAACCGGACAAAAUCAAAAGCAUCUGCCCAGGUGAUCAAAGAAGAGAAACAUCUGCAACAGAGCGGAAGAUACGGGGGGAUCUCGCUUCGUAGAGAAAUUUUUACCCCGAGAUUUUUUUUUUAAAUUUGUUUUCCCUUUUUUUCUCCCUUUUUAUUUUAUUAUUUUUCCUUUUUUUUCCUUUUUUUUUUUCCUUUUUUUUUUUUUUUUUGGAAUCGAUCGUUUAUCACCAUAACCCCUACUCCCUCCACUUUAAACCAAACCUAACCAGAAACAUCCCCAAACUCGCCGAGCACCUUUCCCCGCCCUGCAUAACUCCGGCAGCGUCUCCCGCUCCCAUCUCAAACCCUCCGCUCCUUGCUGAGGAGGAGGAGGAGGAAGAGCAGCGGCAGAGCAGCGAGCGCGGAAGAUGGAGGUCUCCACGGACCAGCCGCGGUGGGUGAGCCACCACCACCCGGCCGUGCUCAAUGGGCAGCACCCGGACUCGCAUCACCCCACGCUUGGCCAUACCUACAUGGACCCCACGCAGUAUCCUCUCGCCGAGGAAGUGGAUGUACUUUUUAAUAUCGACGGACAAGGCAACCCCGUCCCACCGUAUUACGGCAACUCCGUGAGAGCCACGGUGCAGAGAUACCCCACGGCCCACCACGGGAGCCAGGUGUGCCGCCCUCCGCUGCUGCACGGCUCGCUGCCCUGGCUGGACGGGAGCAAGGCGCUGAGCAGCCAUCACAGCGCUUCCCCCUGGAACCUCAGCCCCUUCUCCAAGACCUCCAUCCAUCACAGCUCACCGGGACCCCUUUCCGUCUACCCACCCGCCUCUUCUUCCACUUUAUCCGCCGGCCACUCCAGCCCGCACCUUUUCACCUUCCCGCCGACCCCUCCUAAAGAUGUGUCCCCGGAUCCGUCCAUCUCUACCCCCGGCUCCACCGGCUCCACCCGGCAGGACGAGAAGGAAUGCAUCAAAUACCAGGUGUCCCUGGCCGAUACCAUGAAGCUGGAGUCCUCUCACUCUCGGAGCAGCAUGGCCUCUUUAGGAGGAGCCACCUCCUCCGCUCAUCACCCCAUCACUACCUACCCACCGUAUGUCCCAGAAUAUGGCUCUGGACUUUUUCCCCCCAGUAGCCUCUUAGGAGGAUCGCCAACCGGGUUUGGGUGUAAAUCACGACCAAAAGCACGGUCAAGCACAGAAGGCAGGGAGUGUGUAAAUUGUGGGGCUACCUCAACCCCUCUGUGGAGAAGAGAUGGCACUGGGCACUAUUUGUGUAACGCCUGUGGACUCUAUCACAAAAUGAAUGGGCAGAACCGGCCCCUAAUCAAACCCAAGAGAAGACUGUCUGCAGCCAGGAGGGCGGGCACAUCCUGUGCAAACUGUCAGACCACCACUACCACCCUGUGGAGGAGAAAUGCCAACGGCGAUCCUGUCUGUAAUGCCUGUGGGCUCUACUACAAGCUGCACAAUAUUAACAGACCCCUGACUAUGAAGAAAGAAGGAAUUCAGACCAGAAACCGAAAAAUGUCUAGCAAAUCCAAAAAGUGCAAAAAGGUCCAUGACAACCUUGAAGACUUUCCCAAGAGCAGCUCCUUUAACCCUGCCGCCCUCUCCAGACACAUGUCCUCCAUCAGCCACAUUUCACCUUUCAGUCACUCCAGCCACAUGCUGACCACACCGACACCGAUGCAUCCUCCAUCCAGCCUCUCCUUCGGACCUCACCACCCUUCCAGUAUGGUCACUGCCAUGGGUUAGCAAGAGACUCCCCUGCUGAAUGCUUACAGUCUCAAAGUGAGAUUUACUUUAUAUACUACUUGCAUUUUUGCAGGCGUGUGGUUAUGGGUCUGACGUCCCAAAACAAAUGGGAGGGGGGAAAAAAAAAGAAUUUAAAAAAUUAAAAAAAAAAAAAAAAGUUAUUUGAAGGUGUAAGAGA